AUGGAGGGACUUUUCUUCAACGUCAACAAUGGCUACAUCGAGGGCAUUGUCCGAGGCUAUCGAAAUGGGCUGCUCACCAACUCAAACUACAGCAACAUGACACAGUGCGAGAGCAUAGAUGACCUCAAGCUGCAGCUCGGCCCAGCAUACGGCGACUUCCUUGCCUCCUUGCCUCCGAACCCAUCCACCUCGAGUCUUGCUGCAAAGACGACCGACAAGCUUGUCUCCGAGUUCAAAUAUGUCCGGGCCAACGCAACGGGGGCUCUCGCUCAGUUCAUGGACUACUUGACGUACGGAUACAUGAUCGACAACGUCGCGCUUUUGAUCACAGGAACACUGCACGAGAGGGACACGAGGGAGCUCCUGGACAGAUGCCACCCCCUGGGCUGGUUCGAGACGAUGCCGGUGCUCUGCGUCGCUACCAACAUCGAGGAGCUCUACAACAGCGUGCUGAUCGAGACCCCGCUGGCGCCGUUCUUCAAGGGCAGCCUGAGCCACCAGGACCUGGACGAGCUGAACAUUGAGAUUGUGCGGAACACCCUGUACAAGAACUACCUCGAGGAGUUCCACAACUUUGUCAACACACACGCCGAGAUGGCUGGCACGCCCACGGCCGAGGUCAUGUCGGAGAUCCUCGAGUUCGAGGCGGACCGGAGAGCCAUCAACAUCACGCUCAACUCGUUCGGCACCGAACUGACAAAGGCGGACCGAAAGAAGCUCUACCCCAACUUCGGCCGGCUGUAUCCUGAGGGCACGUUGAUGUUGUCUCGUGCCGAUGACUUCGAGGGUGUGAGGCUGGCUGUCGAUGGCGUGCACGAUUACAAGACCUUCUUCGACGCCGCUGGCCUGGGCGGUGGGCCGGCUGGCCCUGGCAACAUGGGUGGGGGCUCCGGGUCUGACGGUCGGAGUCUGGAGGAUAUGUUCUACCAAAAGGAGAUGGAGAUAUCCAAGGAGGCUUUCACGAGACAAUUCAGCUUCGGUAUAGUAUACGCAUGGCUGAAGCUGAGGGAACAGGAAAUCCGGAACAUCACAUGGAUUGCCGAAUGCAUAGCGCAGAACCAGAAGGAGCGCAUCGGCAACUACAUCAGCGUGUUCUAA